CACAGCAGAUUUUGAUGUUAGGAUUCAAAGAGCCAGACAAUUUGUAGCAUUAAGCGAUGGAGGAAAUUUAUGCCAAUGUGGAACAUGUGAAACCUGUUUGCCAAAUUCCUACGUCUCAGACCGAAGGUUCAAGCAGCUCCAAGAAGAGGCCCUUCCUCAUUGUUAUUAUAUUUCUGGGAAUCCUGAAUGUUAUACUACUGGUUGGACUCAUCGUCCUUGGUCUCCACUCGUGGGACUUGGCAGCUGAUCUCUCUAACAUCAAUGACAAUCUUACUGACCGUCUCCAGGACAGCAACAGCAAGCUUUACUCUAUGACUGAAGAACGAAACAUGCUGCAUGCUAACCUCACUGAAAUAAUGAAAAAGCUGAACAGGCCUCGAGCGAAAACAUGUCCUACAGGAUGGACUAAGUUCAGUUGCACUUGUUACUUUGUCUCUACAAAGAGCGGUUCCUGGGAUGAAGGAAGGCAGGAUUGCAUAACAAGAGGAGCAGAUCUGGUGGUAGUAAAUGAUAAAGAAGAACAGGACUUUAUUUCCAGUUUUGCUAAUGAAGCAGCUUGGAUUGGUUUGAUCGACAAAGAAACUGAAGGUUCUUGGAAGUGGGUGGAUGGGACCUCUAUGACUCUUUCAUUUUGGAGAGACAAUCAACCUGAUAACUGGAAUGGUGAUGAAGACUGUGGACAAUAUAUAAACAAACAGUGGAAUGACUAUCCCUGUGCAGCAUCUCUCAAAUGGAUCUGUGAAAAACUACCGCCAUGGAGUGCCUGAAAAAUAUCUGCUGUUAAUGUAAUCGAAACAUUAUAAUUGUCUGAAUUAUAGGUAUAGUGGAGGAUUUCCGCAAAUAUUUGAAAAGACCCAGCCUCUUUACUUAAAAAAAAAAUGCACAUGCACAACCCUGUACCGCUCUAAACCUGUGCAAGAGCAUGCAUGAGUCCAUAAUUUCUCCUAGUGCACACUGUUUAAAGUUGCUGUUUACAUUGCCCAUACAAACUUACGUUCAAAAAGAAGAUUAGCAAUUUUUCCACUAUGUCAGACUCACAACCUUUAAGUGAAAAUGAGGACGAGCACGUAGGAUGGCUUUACAUAAAGACAUAUCACCAGAGUGAUUUACAGUUAGGAGGACCACUUAUCAGGAUUGCAGCCCUGGUAGCUGGUCUGAUUACUCACUUCAUUCACCUACUGUUCCAUCCCUGCGCUCUAAUUAUCAUCCAUCUUAUUCACCUGCUCCCCCUGCUUUAUAUAUGGUUCAGCCCAGCUAUCGGGGCCAGAUCAUUGUUCCUAGAUUUUUGUGUUAUUCAAGUUUUGUUUAGUCCUCGGUUCAUGUUCCCGUCCCCGGAGGCCAGUGGAUUGAGAUGGUUUGUUAUUUGUCUCGUGUCUUCUGAUUGUAUCCCGGCUCUUCUCCGCUGAACCCUUAGGGUUUUGGCUCGGCAAGCGGGGGAGGUCAGUUUUUUCCUGUAAUCCUGGCUGAGAGGUUGAGUAUAGUUUAAAUUUUGGCAGUUAUUCUGGUACCAUGUCUUGUCUGAGUUCCUUUCUACCAAUGAACCUGCCUGUCUAUAUCUGAGCGUGUCUAUCUGAGCUCGCUGCAGGACUCAUUGGAACUCUGAACCUGCCUGAAUGCUCGGUAGAUUCCUGGAACCCUGGAUCUGUCUGUUUCUGUACCCCUGGUUGGACUACGGACUCCUGGAUCUCAGAACAGUCCUGUUCUGAACUGUUUCCCUGAACUGGAUCAGUCCUCUGCCCACUCACUGGUGCUGCUGCACAGGGAACUCUCUGGAUGGCUCAACAUCGCAUCUCGUUGGCAGAGCAUCAGCUGAUCCUGCCUUUCAUGAGAGGAUUUAAAGAACUGUUUCACCAGAGUGCCAGUAAUGGCUUGUACCCCGCCCCCAUCACAGCCGUUGCUGGUCAACUGAUCCACGGCAG